GUCACUGCUUGUAAUCUCAUGUGAAAGAAUUGAUGGAGAGAGAAUGUGAUUUCGCAUAGAAAGUACAGAAAGAGAUUUUAAACAAUUGAUAAAGAAAAUAGAUAAUAUUUAGGUGAUAAAGGAGAUAAUUUUUAGAUCAAAUAUCGAUAUAUGAAACUAUGCUUGCACUAAAGGACUACGGUAGCAGCGAUGAAGAUAGCGAGACGAAAAACUUGGACUUCGCGUCCGUGUCUGCCGGUGACAAAUUUACGAGCGCUCUCCAGAUUUGCUCGGCUCCAGAAGUCGUGCCCACUGGAACAGAAUUGUGUGUGAAACACAUAGAUUCAACUGCAACGGAAGUUGCAUACAAUCCGAAGUAUGAGGAGCUCUUUGGACCCGAGGUGGGUCCGGAAAAUCCCUUCAAGACGCAGCAGCAGCGCGCCGCCAAAAAUAUACUGUCUGGAUAUGUGGAGAGCGCGCAUAUAAGUGAAUUUCAAUUUGAGAAUCAAAGGAGAACGUUUGCCAGUUAUGGGUAUGCACUAGAUCCGACUGUAGACGGUAGUACAAACGAAGGCAGAAUCAUGAUCGGCGCAACAGAAGUGGCGGAAGAAUCGGGCGGCAAGACUGUCUUUGAAAACACUGUCCUGAGACCCUCGGAUAAACGAAAGAGGAAUAGAAACAAUGAUCCAGCGGAUAUAGAAGGUUUUUUGGGUCCCUGGGGAGGUUAUAUUGACGAAAAACGAACGAUCAAGCCUAGUGAAGAGGAAGCUGCUGAGCUGGAAGAAAUCUUGGCCAAACGGAAUAAACGAGGAAAACAAACGGAGGAGAAACCGCUCGAGGAGAAGACCAUAUUGCACAUCAAAGACAGUGUGGAUUAUCAGGGCCGUUCAUUCCUGCACGCGCCUCAGGACGUAGGCGUGAACCUCAGAUCGGAAUCGCCACCCGAUCGUUGCUUCUUACCGAAGGCGCAAAUUCACACGUGGGAAGGUCACACGAAAGGCAUCUCGCAAAUCCGAUGGUUCCCACAUACAGCGCACUUAUUACUGUCCUGUAGUAUGGAUUGUCGUGUGAAGUUGUGGGAAGUGUACAAAGACAGGAGAUGCGUUCGUACAUACUAUGGACAUCGACAAGCAGUACGGGAUAUAAGUUUCGACAACGACGGCAAGCGAUUUUUGUCAGCGGCCUACGAUCGUUACGUGAAACUCUGGGAUACAGAAACGGGAGCCUGUAUCAGUCGCUUUACGAGUAGAAAAAUCCCAUAUUGUGCUAAAUUUAAUCCCGAUCCGGAUAAACAGCAUCUCUUUGUCGCUGGUACCAGCGAUAAGAAGAUCAUUUGCUGGGAUAUACGUUCUGGUGAAAUAACACAGGAAUACGAUAGACACUUGGGCGCUGUAAAUACCAUUACGUUCGUCGACGAAAAUAGACGAUUUGUCACAACCAGCGACGAUAAAAGCCUCCGGGUUUGGGAAUGGGACAUUCCUGUGGAUAUGAAAUACAUAGCUGAUCCAUCCAUGCAUUCUAUGCCGGCGGUGACGCCGUCACGAAAUCAGAAGUGGCUUGCUUGCCAAAGCAUGGAUAACAAAAUUGUUAUAUUUUCGGCAUUGAAUAGAUUCAAAAUGAACCGGAAGAAGACAUUCACGGGACAUAUGGUCGCAGGAUAUGCGUGCGGUUUGGACUUCUCACCAGAUAUGAGUUACUUGGUGUCGGGCGAUGCGGACGGUAAAUGCUACAUAUGGGACUGGAAGACAACCAAGCUGUACAAAAAAUGGAAGGCGCACGACGGAGUGUGCAUUGACGUAUUGUGGCAUCCUCACGAGCCUUCUAGACUAGCCACUGCUGGCUGGGACGGCAAGAUCAAAUAUUGGGACUAAAACGUUACCAAAACCAGCCACAAGCCACAGCCCUGCAUUCUUGCUAACAAAAGAUACUUUGUACAAUAUAUUUGUAAAUAAUAAACAUUAGUGA